UGUUAAAUUUUUAAAUUAUUUGUUACAUGUUUGAAUGGGCAGAAGAAACCCCACAUGAGAUUUGAGUGGGAGUAUCUUUUACCUCCUUCAUCUGUCUUCUUCCUCUUAUGUUCUUCUUCUUCUUCUGUUACAUUCAUCAUAUACAUAUAUAUAUACACAAUAAAAUCCAAUUUAUUAGAGCACUACUUAUGCUCUUGAUUUUGAUGUCUACCUUUAUUCAUGCAUCUUCUUCCUUAUUAUUAUUAUUUCUAGUCACAGUUUCUUGCUUUUCCUCCACCACCACCGCCGCCUGCAAUGAUGCCGAUCGUAGUACUUUAUCGACGUUCACUCUGAGCAUCUCCGCCUCACCUCCAUUGAAUUGGUCUCCGUCAGUCGAUUGCUGCAGCUGGGAAGGAAUCUUCUGCGAUGAGAACUCCGGCAGAGUCACCGAUCUCCGGCUACCAUCUCGAGGCCUAGUGGGGCCAGUCUCCGCUUCCAUUCUCAACCUCACCGCUCUUUCUCAGCUCCGGUUUCUUGAUUUGAGCAUCAAUCGUUUAUCGGGUUCCCUAACAAACGAUCAAGACUUGCCCCCCAACGUUCGGACAUUCAACUUGUCUGGGAACAACUUCCACAGCACAAUCCCGUCUUCGUUUCUCGAGCCAGCGUCGAAUUUGGAAGCUUUUGAUGUCAGCAAUAAUAACUUCUUCGGAUCAAUCCCUGCGUCUAUCUGCAACUUUUCGUCAAACUCGUUGCAGCAAGUUGACUUUUCCAACAAUGACUUCUUCGGCCCGAUUGAUCAAGGGUUCGGUCGGUGCUCGAAUUUGAAGUCUUUACGAGCAGGCUUCAACAAUUUCUCGGGUGAGGUUCCGUUUGAUGUGUACGGUUUGCUGACAUUGGAAGAACUGUACUUGCCAGCAAAUAAGUUAUCCGGGGUCAUGGAUCGAAGGAUUGUCAAUCUCGUCAACCUUAAAAAACUCGCACUUUUCGGUAAUGAACUGACAGGUACGAUCCCUUCGGAUAUUGGGAGGCUCUCGAAUUUGGAGCAGUUGCAGCUCCACAUAAACAGACUAUACGGCGAAAUCCCAUCUUCCCUCACAAACUGCACAAACCUCACAUUACUGAAUUUGAGGGUCAACUCCCUCGAAGGUCAGCUCUCUUCCUUUGACUUCUCGAAUUUCGUCCAGCUCAAGACGGUCGAUCUUGGCAACAAUUUCUUCAGCGGCAGUCUGCCGGCGAGCCUGUUUUCUUGCAAGAAACUGGCGGCGGUUCGGUUGGCCACCAACAACUUCAGCGGAGAGAUGCUGCCCAAUAUAGCAGCACUGCAGUCCUUGUCUUUCAUCUCGAUUUCCAGGAACAACCUAACGAAUUUCACGAGUGCUCUUAGGAUCUUGUCAGGCUGCAAAAACCUCACCACCUUAAUCCUGUCGAAAAAUUUCUAUGACGAAGAGUUGCCCGAAAACGAGAGCUUGAUCGGCCCCGGCGAGCUAGAGAAUCUCAGGAUACUGGCUCUCGGCGGCUGCAGAUUCACCGGAGUUGUUCCGCUGUGGCUGAAAAAGCUAACGAGUCUCGAGGUUCUAGACCUGUCAUACAAUAUCAUGACAGGGUUCAUCCCAGGUUGGAUCGGUGCUCUACCGAAUCUAUUCUACUUCGAUUUGUCCAACAACAAACUGAACGGAUACUUCCCCGUCGAAAUCACUAGACAGCCAAGGCUGUCGUCUCAGCAAGACUCUGCUCAAGGGGACAUCACUUAUCUCGAGCUGCCCGUUUUUGUUAGCCCCAAUAAUGUCUCGAUCCUGCAAUACAAUCUCGUUUCGAAUUUACCACCGGCUAUAUAUCUAGCUAAUAACAGCUUCAAUGGAACUAUCCCGGUCGAGAUUGGUCAGCUGAAGUUCAUCAUUACCCUUAGUCUCAGCGGCAAUAACUUCUCCGGCACCAUUCCUCAAACACUGUCCAAUCUCGCCAACUUAGAAUUCUUGGACCUGUCAAAAAACAACCUCACUGGCGAAAUCCCGUCAUCGCUCCAGAAUCUCAAUUUCUUGUCGUUUUUCAGCGUUGCGUAUAAUAAUCUUCGAGGCAUGAUUCCCACAGGAGGGCAGUUCGACACCUUCCCUAGCACGAGCUUCGAAGGGAAUCCACUGCUUUGCGGUAGAGUCUUACAACGCACGUGCUCUAUCCCGCCACCAGCUUCCACAAUGGAGAGAGGAGGGUUACUAACGAAGAAAACCAUCAUUGCGCUUAGCUUUGUGAUAUGUGCAGCCAUUUUAGCCAUCACUAUUCUGGUUUAUUGGGCAUUUUCGAACCGGAGAAUCCAACCGAAAGACGACCCCGAAGAAACAGCAUCUUUCGACUCUUCAUAUCCGGAAGGCUUAAACGAAACCAGCCUGGUCGUACUGUUUCCGAACAAUAAGUACAAAACAGAGGAUCUCACAAUAAUAGAUAUCUUGAAAGCCACAGACAAUUUCAACCAAUCAAACAUCAUCGGCUGCGGUGGUUUCGGGUUGGUGUACAAAGCAACCCUCCCGAAUGGGAGUACUCUUGCAAUCAAGAAACUCUCCGGCGACAUGGGGUUGAUGGAACGAGAGUUCAAAGCGGAGGUCGAAGCUUUGUCCACGGCCAAGCACAAGAACCUCGUAACCCUACAAGGCUACUGUGUCCACAAUGGGCUGAGGUUGCUGAUAUACACUUACAUGGAAAACGGCAGCCUCGAUUAUUGGCUGCACGAGAAGCCAGACGGAGCAUCGCAACUCAGCUGGCCAAUUCGCCUGAAAAUCUCUCAAGGGGCGAGCUACGGGGUUGCGUAUAUGCACCAGAUCUGCGAGCCGCACAUAGUCCACCGUGACCUAAAAUCCAGCAACAUCCUCCUCGACCGCGAACUGAACGCGCACGUGGCGGAUUUCGGGUUGGCGAGGUUGAUCCUGCCGUACCAGACGCACGUCACGACGGAAUUGGUCGGCACGCUAGGGUACAUUCCGCCGGAGUACAGCCAAUCGUGGACGGCGACUCUGAGAGGGGACGUGUACAGCUUCGGGGUCGUGCUGCUGGAGCUGGUGACGGGGAAGAGGCCGGUGGAGGUUUUCCGGCCAAAGGUGUCGAGGGAAGUGGUGGCGUGGGUGCAGCAGAUGAGGAGCGAGGGGAGAGAGGAGGAAGUGUUCGAUCCUCUACUGAGGGGGAAGGGGUUCGAAGAGGAGAUGGCGGAGGUGCUCGAUGUUGCGUGUUUGUGUGUUGAUCGAAACCCUAUGAAGAGACCGGCGAUUCAGCAAGUCGUUGAUCGGCUCAGCGCGGUAGGGCUUGAUCGGGAAACGACGAUGAUGAUGGGACAACAAGAUGAUUGAAGAGCAAACACAUCUCUGAAUUUUUUUCUUUUUCUUUUUUUUUUUUAAUGUCGAUUUUUCAUUUUACAUUACGAUGAAUGUGAAAAAUAGUUGUGCAGAGAUACUUUUUUUUUCUUUCUUUUUUUUGUUUUUGUUGCAACCAACAGAAAUUCAAACAAAUUGUAAAAUAUUGAUGGUGAUUUCAAGGUUUGAAACUCAGUCAAGAAAAA